AGAAGCAGAGCUCAGGGAGGCGAUGAAGCUGCGCCACAGCAUCGCCACUUUAUUUCACGCACUCAGAGUCGACAUGGAGCAUACCCUGUCAGACGGUGUGGAUGUUCAGAAUGAGGCCCAAGCUGAAGACAGCAGGCUUGAUCAAGCUGAGGUAGCGCUUGGUGACCACGUAACAGGAGGUGUGGUUCAGUGUUGGAGGCAGGUGCAGAGGAGACUGGGUGGUGGUGGCCCAUCUGAAGGCCACGCUGGUGUUGAUACUGACCAUGACAAGCUCCUGGCUCAACUAGAAACUGAACUGAAAGAGAGUCAACAGCUAGUCAGAUUACAACAGCAGCUGCUGCAGCGCCGUGAUUUUGAGCAACAGAAGGCCUCUGUCCUGAAGCAGCAGUAUCUGCUGGAGUCCCCUCUGUCUGGUAAAGGAGCACCAAGCCACAACAGGAGAGAGAGCACUGGACUCGAUUUCUCAAGUUUGGGGCCCACCGGCAUAUCUUGCUGUCUUCCCAUUACGCCAUCUUCAACCAAGUCGGGGACAGCCGCUGUUUCUGGAUCACAUCAGAGGAGAGUCAGAGUUCAAACCCCCAGCACUCCUGAGCUCUACUCCGCCCUCAAUCUGUCAUACAACUGCAGAGAGUUUGAUGACCAGUCAGAGACAUGGGAAGGCCGAGCAGACACAAGACAGGCUCCACACUUAGACUGGUCAUUUGACUACAAUUGUGAUGAUAGGUGGUGAUUUAAAAAAAAAUGCUGUACCUUACUGUUUUCACUUUUUAAAAUAAUCAAUAAAGGCUGAUUUUUA